ACCUAAUCUUUAUGACAUUAUACAAUCUUCAUCUUUCUGUUUCAAUAUCUGACAGACACUUGGUUUUCUUUCUUCACAAACUUGUCUGACUUCAAAUCUAUCAAUCUUCCUCCUAAAUCCUCUUUUACUUAUACCUGGAAAAUCUGUUGCGCCUCAAAACAGAAAAUCCAUUUUUAUGAUCUCCAAGACUUGAGAUUCUUUAACUCAUGGCGGCUGCGACAAUGGCGACGGCAGCGGGAGCAGCGCUGCUGCUGUAUUACAUAUUAAUCCGGAGACUAGCGGCAGCGAAGGGCGGUGAUUUAUCGAAAUCGAGGUCGGGGAGGAGGAUUCCCAGAAGACUGGUACAAGCGCCUGCCACUUGGCUGGAAACAAUAUCAACAUUAUCAGAGACGCUUAAAUUCACCUACUCCGAGACUUUAGGAAAAUGGCCCAUUGGUGACUUGGCUUUUGGCAUCAAUUAUCUCUUAAGAAGACAGGGUAAUUUGCAAGUUGCAAGUGUAUAUGCUGGUAGUAAUUCUGUACAGUUGAAAGGCCCGGAAAUCAUAGCAGAGAUGUAUGAUCUAUUGAGAUUGUUGAUCCUUUGCAUGUAUUUUUCGAAGAAGCCAUUCCCAGUCUUUUUGGAGUUGGCUGGAUUCUCUCAGGAGGAUGUUCUUAUUCAGAAGCCAAAAGCAGGGCUUCUGAAGCCUGCUUUCACAAUUAUACAUGAUAGAAGCUCAAAACAUUUCCUUCUACUGAUUCGUGGUACUCAUAGCAUCAAAGAUACACUAACAGCAGCAACUGGUGCAGUGGUCCCUUUUCACCAUUCGGUUUUACAUGAUGGUGGGGUUAGUAAUUUAGUUUUAGGAUAUGCACACUGUGGAAUGGUUGCUGCAGCUCGUUGGAUUGCCAAACUGAUCUCCCCAUGCCUGCUUAAAGCACUUGGUGAAUAUCCUGACCACAAAAUUAAGAUUGUUGGGCAUUCACUUGGUGGUGGUACUGCAGCAUUAUUAACAUACAUUCUUCGAGAACAAAAGGAGUUCUCUUCUAGCACCUGUGUCACAUUUGCCCCAGCUGCAUGUAUGACAUGGGAUUUAGCUGAAUCAGGCAAGCAUUUCAUUACCACUGUCAUCAAUGGAUCCGAUCUGGUGCCUACAUUUUCUGCUGCCUCUGUUGAUGAUCUUCGCUCUGAGGUCACAGCAUCUUCGUGGCUAAAUGAUUUGAGGGAUCAGGUUGAGCAUACCAGAGUCCUAAAUGUUGUUUAUCGCUCUGCCACUGCACUGGGAUCUCGUCUACCAUCCAUAGCUAGUGCGAAAGCCAGGGUCGCUGGUGCAAGUGCACUUCUGCUACCCGUCUCCAGAAGCACCCAGGUUGUGAUGAAGCGAGCACAAGACGUCGCCCAAGCUGUCGUCAGAACACGCUCAUCCCUGACAUCAUGGUCGUGUAUAGGGCCACGUCGACGUUCCGUGGGCCCAACAAUAAAUUCUAAUUCAGAGGAUUUGCCUGAAGGGACUCUAGUAUCUGGAAACUCUGAAGCUCUUGCGACUGAAGUCCAGACAAAAGACUCAGUGCAGAUCAAACUUGAGAGUAAUGCAAGCAGUGGUUCAGGUCAUGAUGAUACCGAGGAAGAUGAGCCACUUUUAUCCGACAAUGGAGUCAUAGCUUCAUCAGUCAUAGAGGAGGUUACUGAAGGUCAAUUGUGGUAUGAACUGGAGAGGGAGCUUCAAAGGCAAGAUAGCGAAGUUGAUAUCCAAGCACAGGAGGAAGAAGCUGCUGCAGCAAAAGAAAUUAUUGAAGAGGAGAACGUUCUCGCCAAUGCAGCUGAAGCAAAAAAUCCCAUCACUUCAGAGGACCUGUCAGAGAGCCAACUGUUAUAUCCUCCUGGCAGAAUCAUGCAUGUCAUUUCCAUAUCUUCCCCAGAUACAACCAACUUAGAACUCGAUGGACCGACGGAAGAACAUAUAGGUUUAUAUGAGACUCCUAGAGAACUGUACAGUAAGAUACGACUUUCAAGAACGAUGAUCAAUGAUCAUUACAUGCCUAUGUAUAAGAAGAUGAUGGAAUUAGUAAUCCAGGAACUUGAAAACGAUGAAGACUGUAGUUGUGCUAUGUUACAAGAUUAAAUAUAUAAUUGAAAACACGUUUCAAAUCAAGUUUAUCAAA